AUGGAUUAUGAAGAAACUUAUGCUCCUAUAGCUAGACUAGAAGCUAUUAGAAUGUUACUUGCCUUUGCAUCAAUACUGGAUUUCAAACUUUAUCAAAUGGACGUUAAAAGUGAAUUUUUGAAUGGAUUUAUUCAAGAAAAAGUGUAUGUUGAUCAACCUCAUGGAUUUGAAAAUUCAGAUUUGCUCAAUCAUGUUUUUAAAUUGAAGAAGGCUGUAUAUGGUUUAAAACAAGCCCCUAAGGCUUGCUUUGCAAAACAUAGGCAAGUAGUUAUGACAGGCAUGAGUGUUGUUACAUCACUUGGUCAUGAUCCAGAUGUCUUCUAUAGUAAUUUACUUGAGGGUGUUAGUGGGAUAAUCAAGAUUGAUACUUUUGACUGUGAAGAAUUUUCAAUGAGAAUAGGUGGUGAGAUCAAGUCCUUUUCAACUGAUAGUUGGGUAGCACGAAAACUUUCAAAAAGGAUGGAUAAAUAUAUGUUGUAUUUGCUAACAGUAGGGAAAAAGGCCUUGGCGGAUGGUGGAAUUACUCAUGACAAAAUGGAUGAGUUAAAUAAAGAAAAAUGUGGGAUUUUGAUUGGUUCAAUUGGGUGGCAUAUAUUUUAUGAUGCUUUUCGAGUCUCAUAUAAGAGGAUUAAUCCUUUUACUAUACCCCUUGCAACAACAAAUAUGAGUUCGGCCAUACUCGCAGUGGAUCUGGGGUGGAUGGGCCCUAAUUAUUCAAUCUUUAUAGCACGUGCCACUAGCAAUUUUUGUAUAUUGAAUGCUGCAAACCAUAUCAUUAGAGGUGAAGCUGUAAGUAUUUUUCUUCAACAUUUGCUUUAG